CGACCUCCCCACGGAGCUCCUCGAGCGCGCCCUCUCUCGCUGCGAAAGCCCCGUCGACAUCGCUCGCGUCGCGGCCGUCUCGCUGCUCUUCCACGCCUCGCUUGUGGUGCAGGCCAUCCGCUUGUGGGCGCAAGAGCGCGGCUUCGAGCUGCCGGCGCAGCCAGAGGACGAGGGCUGCGCCGUGCGGUGGCUGUGCUUCGCUGCGCUGCUGUGCGAGUCCAACCCGCCGGCGAGGGCGGCGG